AAGCCAUUGUGAGGACAGACGGCUUCAGUGUAGGAGGACACUGCAGCGGGGUCUGUCCUCAGUGUUGUGGUGAAGACGGAAGUAGUAGGAGGACUUCCCUCUGGCCAAUAAUUCAUUCCUUGUGGACAGAGUUUAAGGAAAACACCUCCACCUCCUCAGACAUGUCUACCGCCUACAGGAACAGAAUACAGGAGUUCAAAGUGGCCUUAAGUGAAGAAAACAUAAACCUGAAGACCCUAAGGGAGCUCUGCUUCAAUGGAAUCCCAUUUGAAGGAGGCAUCCGGGCGCUCUGUUGGAAGAUCCUUCUUAACUACCUCCCUCUGGAUCAGACAUUGUGGGAGUCGUUCCUGAAGAAGCAGAGGGACGUGUACUCCCAGUUCUUAAAGGAAAUGAUCAUCCAGCCCGGCAUCGCCAAAGCCAACCUGGGCCUGUCCAGAGAAGAUGUGACCAUGGAGGACCACCCUCUAAAUCCAAACCCAGACAGCAGGUGGAACACCUACUUCAAAGACAAUGAAAUUCUGCUGCAGAUUGACAAGGAUGUGAGGCGGCUGUACCCGGACAUGGCGUUCUUCCAGCGCCCCACCGAGUACCCCUGCCAGCUCAUCUUGGACCCUCAGAAUGAUUAUGAGACGCUGCGUCGACGAGUUGAACAAACCACCCUGAAGGCUCAGACUGUGAACCGUAACCGCAGUGGAGUCACCAAUGUGAGCUCUCCUGGAAAGGCCUUGAACCUGUAUCCAUCUAAUGAGUAUGAAGUGCUGCCCAAUGGGAGUGAAGCACACUGGGAGGUGGUGGAGCGCAUCCUCUUCAUCUACGCCAAACUCAACCCUGGGAUCGCCUAUGUACAGGGCAUGAAUGAGAUCGUCGGGCCGAUUUACUACACGUUUGCCACGGACCCCAACAGUCAGUGGAAAGAGCACGCUGAAGCUGACACCUUCUUCUGCUUCACCAACCUGAUGUCGGAGAACAGAGACAACUUCAUCAAGAGCCUGGAUGACUCCCAGUGUGGCAUCACCUACAAGAUGGAGAGUGUGUACUCCAUGCUCAAAGAUAAAGACAUGGAGCUCUAUCUCAAGCUGGAAGAGCAGAACAUCAAGCCUCAGUACUUCACCUUCCGCUGGCUGACCUUGUUGUUAUCUCAGGAGUUCCUCCUGCCAGAUGUCAUCCGCAUCUGGGACACCCUGUUUUCUGACGAGGACCGGUUCCACUUCCUGAUCCUGGUCUGCUGCGCUAUGCUGGUACUGAUCAGAGAGAACCUACUGGCAGGAGACUUCACAGUGAACAUGAGAUUACUGCAGGAUUACCCCAUCUCUGAUGUCCACACCAUCCUGACCAAGGCCAAAGAGCUGCAGGACAACUCCUAACCUGUCCACCCUGUCCCCCUGCCUCCCGCUCUGACGUGGUAGGUGGGAGCUCAAACAUUACAAACAUUGUCAUGUCAAACGUGUCAUGGGAGGAUCGAUGAAGACCCUGGACGGAUGAGCUGGGGCAACCAGCACUCUGCUUUUUAACUUGAUGUGUGAUUGGUCAGUGGGGGCUGCUGUGAAAAACUGGAGGACGUGCUGAAACAAAUGCCUCCUCAAAGCAAGCAGGAGAGGCCGCUUGCUUCCUGGUGGAUUGUGGGUAAAGGCUGCCUCGGUACACGGUCCUCCUCCUCUCACAGCCGUCUCUCCCACGGAAACAUGUUGUGCUCAGAUAACUGUCUGAGGCAGAGGGAGCCACAUUUAACUUACACUACCGAUGUUAGUCUGUCAUGAAGACCUGGUUCCAGACCUGGGGCCCGAGAAUUUGACAUAAAUCCCACUGCGAUCAUGUGUGUAGAGACGGAGCGUUUAAAUGGGUUGAGCAAUAGUGUGUGUUUUUUAAUUUUUAAAUGUUUUUUAAUGUCAGAAACAUGUUUGCCUUAGCUGUUCAAUGAUGACAGUACAGUAAUGACAGUAUUUCUGGGUUUAUUUCCUGUCUGGUUAAACAUGAAGUGAUGGGUCUGUUGGAUGUUGUAUAAGUAACCUGCAGAGAAUCAUGACUUCCUGGGCAUCAUGUCUCAACAGAGCCGCCCAGUCCAAAUGGAAAUAAAAGUCCUUUUACUUUGAAGGAAUCAGAGGAAACUGCGGAGCUUUACACACUGAACAUUCUCCAACCUGGGUUUACAUGUGUUACAUAAUAGUAGUUUAUCUUCAGUAAUUUAUAAUGUGGCACGGAGAAUCGUUAUUUUACUGACUUUAACAGACAUUAGUGUGAUAUGACAUCAGUGGGUUAACAGAUGUUUUAGUUGAUAAAACUAUUUUAGUGUUUUUUUCCUUUUGAGAAAUAUAAAAUGUUUCUCUACAAUUUCCAAAGAAGCUGAAGCUCUGAUUUUUAAACACAAACAUGUUUAUAAAAUCAUCUACAAUUGCCAAAUUUAAAUUCUGAACGAUCUGAACAGAACAGACCUUAACUGCACAUGACACACAGUCAGAUAAGUCCUGUUCACACCUGUUCAAACCUGUUCACACCUGUUGACACCUGGGGGACCUGUGUCAGGGAGGAGACCAAGGAGCAGUGGUCAGUGUACCAGAGCUGUUUGCUGCUCCAGCCGCCUCCUCUUCAUUUACAUGGCUCAACCUUUUCAAGUUAACUAGGUAGGUCUAUUUGGGGUAGGUGAUAUGUACAAAAUCACUGUGUAUGUUAUUUUUACUUUGUCUCUAGUGACCACUUGUGAUUACAUUCCACCCGCUUCAUAUAUAAAUAAACACACGUGUCUGUUUUUUUAACCAGUCAGACUUUUCGGUUCAUGAUGAAACUGUGUUGGGACUAAUCAGACUGUGUCAGGAGACGUCAGUAGAGUAGUUGAGUAGAAUGUGGACACGUGGUCCAGACCAGCUCCUAAUGUGGUCUGAGUGAUUAGAUCUCAAAUGUGACCUCGGUGUGCUCUGGGUGUGUUCAUACCUGAACUUACAGCUGACCACUUAUGAUCAGAUGAAGACAAAUUAGUACAGGUCCGAAAAGGUCCGAACAUGUCCGAACAGUUCCGAUCAGGUCCGGACAGGUCCGAUCAGGUCCGGACAGGUCCGAACAUGUCUGAACAGGUCUGAACAGGUCCGAACAGGUCCGAAUGAGUCAGGGCAUGUUAAAAAGCUUACUGUUUAGUUUGAACCUCUUGUCUCUAUUAGAUUAAAACAUGAAACAGUGGAGUGGACUGAACACAGGUCAGCUGUUGUUCUGAACUCAAACCUGCAGCUGUUUGUUUAAGCAAAUAAAACAGUUAAUAUCUAGACUAGUCCUGUGGGUUAAACAUAUAGAUUAACCUCUUGGUUAAUUUUCAGUGUGAAACAGCUCGUGUUGAUUCCCCCCUCUUUAUUCAGUUCAUCACGUGAUACAAACAUAUAAUCUGUGUGGCUGGUUGGUCAUGGCUUCAUUAACUACAGAUUAAGCUUAAACCUACCACAGCUGUAACAUCCAGUAACCAGCUGGUGCCAAGUUUACAGGUGAAUCUGUGGAGGUAUCUAUACUUUGACCUCAUUGACUCUCAGUGGUGUGAAGGACUCAGAUCUGUGAUGACCAUGAACCUGAACCAGGAUGAAACAGGAAGUCUUGAUCUCAUCUUGUAGAUAGUUCAGACUUUUCAGACAUGACCCUUCACACAAGCCCAGAACAGUAAGAGACACUGUUUCCAGGGCAACUGAAGAAUUUCUGUAAUGUAUGAUUUUUUUAAAAUAAUUUUUAUAAACACUCCUCUGAAGUGGGAUGGGGCAUUAAAACUCAUGAUUUACCCCGUCGGAUUGUUCUGCCACAGAAGAUCAGACUGGACCACCCUCUUCACACACUAUUGAAUUGUGGUCUUUAAUAUUGUGGAGGGCUGUGUGUGUUUGUGUGUAACAUACAGUGUGUAACAGUGCAGUGCUUUGAAGGUGUUUUAAUAAGCUGCUCAAAGAUCACGUUUAUCUGAAGAGCUCUUUCUUUAAAACUGAGGAGGAUAUUCUGAACUGUGUCAUGCACUGCAUCCCAUCACGUAACCAAUCACAACUGUUGUAUUAGACAUCAGAUACAGGAAACAGGAAGUUGAGAAAUCUAUUCAGUGUUUUCAAAUGUGAAACCAGUGAAUUCCAGUGCGUUGGUCAAAAGCUUUUUUAUUUUUAAUGCCACAUUUUAUUAAAAAAUGAAUUCUAUCCACCAGUCUUUAUAUAAAACUCUAACUGUAAAUCAUCCAAGAGGCUUAGAGUCAAAUGAUGGAUCAUGAGUUAAUAUUCAGUCCAUAGGAGGCAGGACCUCAGACUUCAGGAUGAUUUAAACACCAAACUGUAAACUGAAUAAAAACAGCUUGGAAGCUCUGACCGUCAGAGAAGCUGAAGAAAAGAACAAAACCAGAAGCGACUUGUUAUAAUCCCCUCGAUCGGUUGUGAGCCCAGGACUAACACAAAUAAAACAAAAAUCCAUCAGGCUGUAAAAUGUGUGCAAAUGACAGAGUUUCAGCUCAGAGUUCAGCUCUCUGAGUGUAGCAGAAACCAACAUGUCAUAUCUCAUAUGUCACAUGCUUUGAGCCUCAUUCAGAUUGAAAUAAGAAUAACAGACUUCAUUAACGUGGCAGUUGUACAUCAGUAUAGUAAAAACUGUGUUGGAUGAGACCUUUAAACACCAAGUUUCCAGAGUUUAUGUGUUCAACAGUAACUGGACAGAUUCACAUGAAGUUAAACUAAAUUAUAAUAUUUAAUAUUAAGUGGAAAAUCCUCUGCAGUCAAUGACUCUACUGGUAAACUCACAUUAAAGCUGAGACUUGGCACUUUAAA